AUGAAUUGGAAGGAUCCCCGUGGUCUAGACCUAGAGGAGGCAGAUGAAAGGUUGUUGAGGAAUAUCCUAGAUAACAGGGAGGUGACGUGCUCUAGGCAGGAAGAUAAAAUAAUAUGGUGUGGUGCAAAGAGUGGCAGUUAUUCAGUCAAGCUGGGGUAUACUUUGUUGGAGACAGAAGGUAGGAAGGGGGAUUGGGAAGCUAAGGUUUGUUGGAAUAAAGAGUGUUUACCGAAAGCGGGUGCCUUCUCUUGGUUGGCAGGUAACAAGCGGAUCCUAACUGGAGAUAGACUUAAGAGAAUGGGGUUUGUAGGCCCAUUCCAGUGCGUGCUUUAUAAGAAGGAGGAGGAAGAGGUGGAUCACCUUCUGCUGAAUUGCGACUUUGCCCAGGAAGCUUGGCGUUUCGGGUUGCAGAGGCUGUUGGAAGGGACCGAUGUGUGGGAAGUCUGGAAAGAACGGAAUCGAAGACUGUUUGAGGAUAAAGCGGAAACUUUGGAACGCUUUCUGAUCAAAUUGGAGAGGGCCAUUUCGGAAUUAGUCACUAAUGCUGCUUCUCAAGUUAACUUGGCAAAGACUCCCUUCACUCAGUUUGAUGCUGGUAUUUUGGUGAGUUGGCCCUUGAUUAAAUUUAGGUCUGUUAAUGGGCUUUUGAGGGUUAAUCCCCAUAGGAAGGGUGACAAAAGUCAGGAAUGGGUUCCAUUAGAUAAGGGUUGGAUCAAGGUCAACUUUGAUGGGGCUUCUAGGGGGAAUCUCGGGAUCUCUAGGGUAGGGGUCAUAGCUCGUGAUGAGUAUGGAAGUAUUCUAGCUUUUGGAGCUAAGAGGUUGGUGGAUGGUACGAACAAUGAAGCCGAGUGUCAAGCGGCUAUAGAAGCCAUUCUUUUGGAAAAGAAAUUGGACGCGAAGAAACUCCAUCUUGAGGGGGAUUCCUAG